AUGCGCGAGGUGCCAGUUCAUGGAGGCCGUGACCUCGUUCUAGUUACCAAUGUCAAAGGAAAAUUCUACUGCACUGGCGCCAAAUGCCCACAUUUCGCUGCAUCAUUCCUGGAUGGUGCCUGCACUGAGGAACACGUGAUAUGUCCGUGGCACAAUGCUAAGUUCGACAUUGCCACUGGUGAAUGCGUCAACGGACCAUGUUUUGAUGCUAUUCCCAGCUUCAAAGUGGAGGUGGAUGGAGACUCUCUCUACGCCUACCUGCCACCGACGCCCAUCGCGGACUGCGUCGACAAACCACACAAAUGUCAAGAUGCUAAAGAUAAAAGGGUUUUCGUAAUCUGCGGAGGUGGUGCUGCCGCCCACUCAGCUGCGGAGACCCUGCGCCAGGAGGGUUUCGGCGGGCGUAUCCUGAUAUACGGCGACGAGAAGUACCUGCCGUACUACAGGCCGCACCUCACAAAGCGCAUUGAGUCCAAGAGUUACGACAAGGUAGCUUCGGAGCAGGCGCUGCGGCCUUUGGCGUGGUACCGAGCAAACCAGGUGGAGUACUACGGCGGCAAGCGUGUCACGAGUGUCAACCACGAAGACAACACAAUCACACUGGAUGACGGCUCAACGGUGAAGUACGAUAAGGUGCUGGUUGCGACAGGUUCGGUAGCCGCGAAGCUGCCCAUGACCCGGGGCAUGGCGCCACUGUCUAAUCAUUUUACCAUAAGGACCGUGGAUGAUCUUAGAGAGCUAGUCCCUCAGAUUAAGAAGGAUACUAAGGUUGUAAUCGUCGGUGCUAACUUCAUAGGCUGCGAAAUGGCAUCAUCUCUGAAGAGCACAGGUGCCAACAUCACAGUGAUCACCGACAUGGCUGUGCCGAUGAGCAACAUCAUCGGUGAACGCGGAGGUUCGGCGAUAAUGAAGCUGAUGCAGAACGGCGGUGUCAACGUUCUCACUAGUCAACAGGUGAAGAGUUAUACCAUCAAAGGGGGCCGCGUGACAAAUGUGGUCACAGCGAAUGCGACGUUGGAUGCCGAUGUAGUUAUCGAGGGUGUUGGUGCGAGGGUAGAAAUGGGGCUGCUUAAGUGUGCCGAGGUCAACAGAGAUGGAACAAUCAAUGUGGACAGUUCGUUCAGAUGCAAGGGAUGCCCGGAUAACGUAUUUGCUGCUGGUGACAUUGUCACAUACCCAUACCACAUCGACGGCUCGCCAAUUUCCGUUAAACACUGGAACGUCGCACUGCAACACGGCCGUGUAGCGGCUAAGAAUAUGCUGGGAGGUGACGCCAAGAUGAACAUGGUCCCUUUCUUCUGGUCCAACUUCUUUCGCAAGGGGUUCAGAUUCGCCGGAGUCGCCAACGGAGUGGAGGAUAUUAUUUACGAGGGUGAUCUUGAAAAAUACAAGUUUGUUGCCUACUACAUAAAGGCGUCGAAGGUGGUAGCGAUGUUGUCUAUGGGCAUGGACAAUGUCGGCGCCAAUAUGGCCGAGGCACUAGACAAGGGUUGCGCACCUUCUUACGCAUCUCUGAAGCUCGGAGCGGAAAACUCGGAAACAAUGCUGCAGUGCCUUCGUAAGCGAAUGCAGUCAUGA